CAAUGUUUUCAAAGCGCUGUGAUGUUCAUCAUAUCGGCUCCUGGUGUGAAAUAAACAGCAGACACAUUUAUUUCACAUGUUACAGCUGAUCUCUUUCACAUUAGUGGUCAGUAUGGGUCGUUUAGAGGACCGAGCUCGGUGAGCGUGAGAAUAGAUCAUCAAACCGAGGACGCUUGGAACAGCUGGUGCUGCGUGCCGGCUGUGUCGCCAGCCAGAGGACCCGACCAUCUGAAGCGGAGUGGGGGUAGUUAGAUAAGCUGUUUACAGCCUGGCCAGCAGGCCCACGUUGGAAGUGAAGCGAAGAAUGGACGGCUUCAUCACCGCAGGGAAACAUGGCUAUUGAUAAGAGGCGUUGCUCGGUACUGCUGGCAUCACCAUAACUGGACCUGGACUCCUGAAGGGAUGUUCACCCUCACAGAAGUAGCCUCUCUGAACGACAUCCAGCCAACAUAUCGUAUACUGAAACCAUGGUGGGACGUCUUCAUGGAUUAUCUGGGCAUCGUCAUGUUGAUGUUGGCCAUAUUUUCUGGAACGAUGCAGUUAACCAAGGACCAGGUGGUUUGUCUUCCUAUUCUGGAACAAACUACAGAGGACACCGGGAACUUUCUGGCUCCCCAGCCACCAGAGACAGUCGAUAGUUUAUGGAACAAAGAAAGUGCCAUCGGAGAGCAAGCUGCCCCUUUAAUGGCUAAGAAGCCUCCUGAUAUCAUCACCCCUAAGAGUCACUUCACACCGCCUGCUACUUUAGGGGAGCCUCAGCCCACGGGUGUCAGGACCAAGCUUGAUUUUCAACAGUAUGUGUUUGUGAACCAGAUGUGCUACCAUGUUGCCCUUCCUUGGUAUUCCAAGUAUUUCCCAUACCUUGCUCUGAUCCACACCAUUGUAUUAAUGGUCAGCAGCAACUUCUGGUUUAAGUACCCAAAGACCAGCUCCAAAAUUGAACAUUUUGUUUCCAUACUGGGAAAGUGUUUCGAGUCGCCUUGGACAACCAAAGCUCUUUCUGAGACUGCAUGUGAGGACUCGGAGGAGAACAAACAAAGACUGGCCGGUGCCUCCUCCCUCCUGAAGCAUCUGUCCACAAGCAGCGAGGAGGGGAGUCCUAACCAGUCCGCCCCCAUACUGACAAAAUCUGGGGUCACAUUUUCUGCUGAAAAGCUUGUCAGUGAAAUUCCCUCAAUGACCAUCCUGGACAAGAAAGAUGGCGAGCAAGCGAAAGCCCUUUUCGAAAAGGUGCGCAAGUUCCGUGCUCACGUGGAAGACAGUGACUUGAUCUACAGGCUGUAUGCCAUCCAGACAUUCAUCAAAACCGUCAAAUUCAUCCUGAUCCUCUGCUACACCAUGACUUUUGUUGCCUCUAUAGAUUUUGAUCAUGUGUGUGAGCCUGAAAUCAAGCAUUUGACUGGAUACAAAAGAUUCCAGUGUACUCACAACAUGGCGUUCAUGCUGAAGAAACUCCUCGUUAGUUACAUUGCUCUUAUAUGUGUUUAUGGUGUUAUCUGUAUUUACACGCUGUUCUGGCUUUUUCGGCGACCCCUCAAAGAGUAUUCCUUUGAAAAAGUCAGAGAGGAGAGCAGCUUUAGUGAUAUACCAGACGUCAAAAACGACUUUGCGUUCCUCCUACACAUGGUGGACCAGUACGACCAGCUCUAUUCAAAGCGUUUUGGUGUCUUCCUCUCCGAGGUGAGUGAGAACAAACUUCGAGAGAUCAGCCUGAACCACGAGUGGACCUUUGAGAAGUUGAGGCAGCAUGUGACGCGCAAUCCUCAAGACAAGCUGGAGCUCCAUCUCUUCAUGCUCUCCGGAGUGCCAGACGCUGUGUUUGAUCUCACAGAUUUGGAAAUCCUCAAACUAGAGUUAAUCCCAGAGGCCAGGAUAACAGCCAAAAUCUCACAAAUGAUAAACCUCCACGAGCUACACAUCUAUCACUGUCCUGCCAAAGUUGAACAGACAGCUUUUAUCUUUCUUCGUGAUUACCUCCGGUGCCUUCAUGUCAAAUUCACAGAUGUUGGUGAGAUUCCUAGCUGGGUAUACUUGCUGAAAAGUUUAAGGGAACUGUACCUGGUUGGUAACCUGAACUCUGAAAACAACAAAAUGAUCGGUCUUGAAUCUUUGAGAGACCUCAGGCACUUAAAGAUUCUUCAUCUCAAGAGCAACCUCACAAAGAUCCCGACAAACAUAACCGAUCUGUCUCCACAUCUGAUCAAGCUGGUCAUCCAUAAUGAUGGUACAAAGCUCUUAGUGCUUAACAGUCUGAAGAAAAUCAUGAAUCUUGCUGAGCUGGAGCUCCUUAACUGUGAGCUGGAGCGUAUCCCCCACGCCAUCUUCAGUCUGACCAACCUUCAAGAACUGGACCUGAAGUCCAACAACAUCCGCACCAUAGAGGAGAUCAUCAGCUUUCAGCACCUCAAGAGACUGACGUGCCUCAAACUGUGGCAUAAUAAGAUCAUCACCAUACCAUUGUCUAUUAGCCAUGUCAAAAACCUCGAGUCCCUUUAUCUCUCACACAACAAACUGGAGUCUCUACCCUCAUCAUUGUUCACCCUCCUCAAGUUGAGGUACCUCGAUGUCAGCCACAACUCUAUCUCUGUUAUACCUCUGGAGGUUGGCUUUCUCCAGAACCUCCAACAUUUUGCCAUCAACGCCAACAAAGUUGAGGUAGUUCCCAAGCAACUGUUCAAGUGCAACAAACUAAGGACCUUAUGUCUCAGCCACAACUGUAUCUCCUCCAUUCCAGAGAAAAUUGGCCAACUCUCGCAGCUCACGCAUCUGGAACUGAAGGGCAACUGCCUGGAUCGUCUUCCCGCUCAGCUCGGUCAGUGCGGUCUCUUGCGCAGGAGCUGCCUGAUCGUGGAGGACCACCUCUUUGACUCGCUCCCCAUAGAGAUCAAAGAGAGCAUCAAUCAGGAAGCUAGUGUUUCUUUUCCAAAUGGGUGUAAGUGUCUUAGUGAUGGGCGAUAGUCACAUCCUACAUUGAAUCAAAUGUCCAGCAAACACUUUCGGUACAGAGAAUGACAGUUGAGGUUGUACUCUAGUGUACGGUAUUUAUGACGUUUAAGCAAUGUGUUAAAAGAACAAAGCAGUGGUGGUACAGCUGGAGGAGUGUUAGGAGAACUUUAGAAGUACUCAUGGCUUGUGUCAUGUCUAUAUACAAUUCACGUACACCGUAUAAAUUAAAGGAAAAGCCUGAAUGCUUGAAUCCCACUAUGAGGUAAUGUACGAGCUCUGUUACGCCGUGUUUGCUGUUAUAAUUUGGGUCCACUUGUGACUGAUGCCACCAAUGCUAACAGAGAAGUUGUCAGGAGUGGUUCAUUUGGUACAUAUUCACAUGGUGGCCAUUUUAUUCUAUUAUAGUGAUCAAGGUGGUAAGCCUCAAUGCAUUUGAAAAGAUACAAAUUAUUCCUCAUUUUAAAAACCUCAAAUAUGGGCUGAAAAUAAGGUCAUGGGUGCUCAGUGGAGAGUUGUAAUCCUUUUCUGCCGUAGCCAUCAUUACGAUCACUAAACGCAUCGCCUGAUCUGAGUGGUGUUUACUCUGUAUUUGUCAACCAUGGAGAUGUGUGACGUACAGGUACGGCAACACCACUUAGACAAACUGCACGUAGAACUACACAAACACAGUUUAUCGUCUUGAUAUGUAGAGGAGCCCAAAGCAUUUUUGUCUUUCAAAUGUUUUGGAGUAAAAGUUAUAAGUGCCCCCCAAAAUGUUUACAGACGGGACAAUUUAUUCUGACAAUCCAGAGGGAUACUUGGUUAUGUGAGUCCAUAAGGAGUUUCUGAUUAUGUAUGAAAAAAAAACAUUAAUUUAGAUUAAAGCUGGGGUUGGUAGUCUCGGAAAACCAGCAUGAAUUUGAAUGUAGCAUUUCCUCAUGAAUCCAUCUAACCCCUCCCUUCCUCCCUCGGAGCUCCUCCAAAACGACGCCCCCCCCGCUCACAUGCACGAGCGCCUCUGAUUCUCGACCAUAUGAUCGUGACUGAUUCAAAACCGGUCCUCACCAAAACAUUAUCAUAGUGAAAGUUAAAAACACAAACAAACAUGGCUGCUGUUAGUACUCACAACUAUCAUGCUAGCAUUAUCCAGUUGUACCGGUGACACGAUAUCAGGAGAAAAGUUAUAACACAUAUAUAAUACUGUAACAGCUCUACUGUUUGUUAAACGUGUUCAGUGUAGAUGUUCUUAAUUCCUACAGUGUUGACGGUCAGUGAAGGCAUCAGGAGAGGUGUAGAGUGUGCGAGUGGGAGAGAGCAGAGGAGAAGUUUUUCAUUCAUUCAAACUUUGAUUGUUGCUUUGUUGGUUGGCGUGAUCACGGCCGACAGUGACCGGUUAUUAAAGAUCAACGUGUUCACGAAUCGGCUCGUCAUCACUACAGCGUCCGGACGGACGCUACAAUAAAUAUAUAUUUUCUGUAGGACUUACUGAACGUCAUUAAUUAUUCUGCUUGUUGGUGAGAGCUUUUUAGACUCUGAUCUGGACUACAGUCCUGAGCAAAGCACCUCAUCAGGUCAGAGGGGACAGGCCCAAGGACGAGCGAGAGGGGCAGUAAAUAGAGUCAGGGGAAGUAGAGGCAGGAGACGGGGACUCGGAGGAGUGCACGCCGGGGAAAUGUACGCGCAGGAGGAGGGCAGAACGGCUGGACGGGAUUUGAUUGGUUUAAAAUUUGGGGAGCCAAAAAUCAGUGAUUGGUUGGUGUUUUCCCAGGUUUACUCCGGCUGUAGAUAUCAGCUUUUUUUCACUCUUUUUUAGGAACACAUCAUGUAAUGAUUGGCAUCAGGACAUAAAGAUCAUUUUAACCAGUAUGACAAAAAGUGUAUCUAAAUCUGAUUACCAACCCCAGCUUUAACAGUGCUUCCUUUUUGUGACUUCGAAAAACCAACAUGGCCAUCCUCAACAAGACAAUAUUUGUAUUGUGAUUUUUAAAGCCUGUAGCCAAUGCGAGGAGGUAGGUGGUAGAUGACUAGAUUUACUCCACGCUGAAGAAAGCCUUUUUUCGUACUUUUUCCUCACUAAAAGACUGCAUGAAGAUUUUUUUGUCAGAACUACGGAUGUACAUUUUAAGUAUUUUACGUGAUCGAUUUUUGGAAAUGUUAACAAUCAAUUAUUGAUUAAUCAAUAAAAAAAAACAUAAUUAUUCUUAUGUCAAAAACAAUGCUCAAUACAUUUUUUCCCCCUAGAUUAUAUUGAAUACAGCAACAAAAUGUAUAUAACUGACGGUAUUGAAUACGGGUAGCAUGUUUAACACUGAUUAUCAAUGAUCAGGCUCAUAUACAUAUUCUCCGUUGACAUAGUCUUAUAAUGUGAAGCCUCAUAAUACUAACAGAAAAGAACUUCAGACUCACAGCGUCCAGUUUUCUGCCUACUCGUUCUUAUUGAGAAAAAUUAGCACGUGUAUUCGAUCAGGUGCCAGCUGGGAGCUCAACCGGGUCAGAAUCAGUCCAGCUGCAGAAAAGCUCAGACGGCUCUGAUGUUGCUGGUCUGAAGACAUAGUGUACUAGCAAUUCGCACCAGUCUGUUGGCUUUGUAUCCAAAGGUUGAAAUGUCCUGUUUAAAGUUGUCAACCUUUGUGUCAGUGUCGUUGUUGGCAGCAGUUGCGCAUUGAUCCUGAUUAUAAAGCGCUCAUGGAGACCUGACGCACAGCCGCCAGCUGCCAGCUGCCAGCUGAGCGUCUCUGCUGACAGCUGAUUUACAUCCAAACAUGCUUUAAACUUAAAAAACCUCCCUGAUAGCUGAAUGUAAUAUGAGACCACAUGAUGUUUGUUCCAUGUGAUGGAAAAUUGAAAACAAAAAUGCGUGAAGUAAUUUCUUAACAAUCAAUUAAUUGAUAAUCGACUAAUUGUGUACAUCCCUAGUCAGAACACAAGAACUUAUACAUCUAUGGGAUGAAAUCAGGAAAGAUGUAAGAGGUAGUGUGUUGCCCACAGGGAGUGUCACAGUUGAAACAGAGAGUUCCUCACAGGAGCUUUAAGUUUUGACACAGUUUUGAUAACUGAUUAGCUUCAAUUCGAGACUGCUAAUGCUAGCAUUCAACCAGUUCCUGGCAAACACAAUGUAAGCUCACAAUCCAAGCCUUUCUUGAGGUAUUUGGUUACUGCAUCAAACAGUAUGUUAUUCUGAAGCCACUCUCUAGUUUGUAAGUUUAUGUUGUACUGCUCGUAGUUAGCUCGUAGCUUGCAGGACAUUAUAACAGCAUUUGAGCUAACCACCCUGAGGUCAGGAGUAAAAGGGCUGCUGUUUGAAUCAACUUCACUGAAGCUGUACUGGCAGCAUAUGGUGGCCCAUCAUGUCAGACACUUUCUAAUGUUUUUUUUUUGUCCUGUAUCAACCACAGACUUUAACGUUUUUUCUCCCGUGUUUCAGUUCAUGUAGAUGCACGGUAGCAGCUUAAUGGCUCACAUAUUUCUACCUUUUGUAUGCACAAACACUUAUUGUGAAGGAAGAUAAAUUUAUAUUCACUUGAAACAAAAACAUUUUUAAAACCUGAGAUUUGUUAGAUUCCCUUUACAUUAGAAGUAGGUACCCUUAAGUGACUUUGAUUUAAAGGGAAAGUUCACUCAAAUUGUUGAAAUGAGCUUCGAGGUCUAGCCAUGGGGAUAGGUUUUUAUGGGCCUACUUUUUGGAGUUAAAAGAAUGCAAAUAAAUAAUAAUAAUAAUGUGUGGUGCUCAACACAAUGAAAUCUGGUAUUUUAAGAAUAUCUAUAGACUUUUCUCCUCAGAGUGUGUAAACCUGCCAUUUUUAUUACACCUAUAUUUGAUCAGCCAAAUAUUCUCGGUGAAAUCUGUUUACAGUCAGAGUGCCGGUCAUCCAGAGGGGUGAGGACAUUGCUGCUGGAAAGGUUUUUUUUUUUAAAUUGAGAGCACCAUAAUUAAUACUGCAUUCCUGUCCAUUAUAUUGGGAUGAGGGUAGAAACCUUACACAUGUUCAAUAAAAGUGGUUGAAAACUCCAGAGAAAAACAUUAAAUGAAUGAAUUACAGUAAGCAGCAUGUCAGAUUUACGUCUGGAUCUGAGGUCAUGUAAGACUCUUUUACACGUAUUACUGCAGUAUCAGCUGAAAAAUACUGCAUCAACAUAAUAAACAACUGUAUGUAUAGCCUUGUGUUCACAUUCACCUUUUGCAUUCCAGUUUCAGUUUACCUGUAAAACAUUUUCAUGUGAACAGCAAACUGAUGAAGGUUCCUAUCUGCUCCUUUUUUCUAUUGCUUGAAAAAUCUGAACCAUGCCAUCAUUUUUUUCCACAAAGAUUAGAAAUCAGUUUGUGUCAUUUCUUGUGUACAGCCAACGCACAAAGAUGUUUUUUUUUUUAUGUUCUUUCAUAUUUGAAUGUUGUCAAAUGUAUAUUUACCAUGUAAUUUGUGCGCCCAUUGUAUGUAUUUAUUACCUCAGUAUCUGUUUUCCUCACUGCACAGCACUUUGCCAGUCCAGUUUUCAAACGUGCUAAAAAAUAAAGGAACUCCCACAAU